AUGAGCAAAGCGAUUGUCACCACCGGAUCAACGAGAGAGGUACAUAAUAAACCUUCAUUGGCUCACCCAUCUAUCGGGGCAGAGGUACAUAACAAACCUUCAUUGGCUUACCCAUCUAUCGGGGCAGAGGUGGCACAUAAUAAACCUUCAUUGGCUUACCCAUCUAUCGGGACAGAGACACAUAAUAAACCUUCAUUGGCUUACCCAUCUAUCGGGGCUGAGGCACAUAAUAAACCUUCAUUGGCUUACCCAUCUAUCGGUGCAGAUGCACAUAAUAAACCGUCAUUGGCUUACCCGUCUAUCGGGGCAGAGACACAUAAUAAACCUUCAUUGCCUUACCCAUCUAUCGGGGCAGAGGUACAUAGUAAACCUUCAUUGGCUUACCCAUCUAUCGGGUCAGAGGCACAUAAUAAACCUUCAUUGGCUUACCCGUCUAUCGGGGCAGAGGCACAUAAUAAACCUUCAUUGGCUUACCCGUCUACCGGGACAGAGGCACAUAAUAAAACUUCAUUGGCUUACUCGUCUAUCGGGGCAGAGACAAAUAAUAAACCUUCAUUGGCUUACCCAUCUAUCAGGGUAGAGGUACAUAGUAAACCUUCAUUGGCUUACCCAUCUAUCGGGGCAAAGGUACAUAGUAAACCUACAUUGGCUUACCCAUCUAUCAGGGCAGAGGUACAUAAUAAACCUCCAUUGGCUUAUCCAUCUAUCGGGGCAGAGGUACAUAACAAACCUUUAUUGGCUUACCCGUCUACCGGGGCAGAGGCACAUAAAAAACCUUUAUUGGCUUACCCGUCUACCGGGGCAGAGGCACAUAAUAAACCUUCAUUGGCUUACCCAUCUGUCAGGGUAGAGGUACAUAAGGCACAUAAUAAACCUUCAUUGGCUUAUCCGUCUACCAGGACAGAGACACAUAAUAAACCUUCAUUGGCUUACCCGUCUAUCGGGGCAGAGGCACACAAUAAACCUUCAUUGGCUUACCCAUCUAUCGGGGCAGAGGUACAUAGUAAACCUUCAUUGGCUUACCCAUCUAUCGGGACAGAGGUACAUAGUAAACCUUCAUUGGCUUACCCAUCUAUCGGAGCAAAGGUACAUAGUAAACCUUCAUUGGCUUACCCAUCUAUCGGGGCAGAGGCACAUAAUAAACCUUCAUUGCCUUACCCAUCUAUCGGGGCAGAGGUACAUAGUAAACCUUCAUUGGCUUACCCAUCUAUCGGGUCAGAGGCACAUAAUAAACCUUCAUUGGCUUGCCCAUCUAUCGGGGCAGAGGUACAUAAUAAACCUUCAUUGGCUUGCCCAUCUAUCGGGACAGAGGCACAUAAUAAACCUUCAUUGGCUUACCCAUCUAUCGGGGCAGAGGUACAUAGUAAACCUCGGUCGACUGCUGGGAUAUUGGAGUUCAACACCAGCAAUAACCAAUAA